CUACUAGCCACACCCACACCCGCCCCACCCCCUUCAGCCACCCUUCCCUCUGCUCGGCUCAGUCACUUCCCCGGGGCGAGUGAGCAAGCGGGCCAGACUCGCACAGCUCCCAUUGCUCAGCUAUGCAGUAGAGGUUAGUCCUGCCAACCAGCCAGCCUGCCUGCCAGCCAGCGAGGGUGAGGGGGGGACCGGCUCUUCACCACCACUGAGUUACGGGGCCGGCCAAGAGCCAAUCUGAGCCACUGCCGCUGCCGCUGCCCUCUCUCUCCAACCAUGACUCUCCUGACCGAAGAGAAGCCCUGCACGUUCCCGGAGCCAGGGAGCCACAUCACGGCCAUGGAGCUCUCCGGACACUCACCGGACAAAGGCUGCCCUGAGAAGGACGAGAAGCAGGAGUACGAGGACCUGGACAGUGUCGGCGUCGGGCUGGGCGUCUUCGGGGCGGUGGAGCCGCCCAGGAGGUCUCGGGGGCGCCUGAUCAUGCACGGCAUGGUCAUGUUCGGAAGGGAAUUCUGCUACGCCGUGGAGGCGGCGUUCGUCACGCCCGUGCUGCUGAGCGUGGGCCUCCCGCGGAGCCUGUACAGCCUGGUGUGGCUCAUCAGCCCCAUCCUGGGCUUCCUGCUGCAGCCGGUCAUCGGCUCGGCCAGUGACUAUUGCAAAUCACCGUGGGGCCGCAGGAGGCCUUACAUCCUGUCGCUGGGGAUUAUGAUGAUGGUGGGCCUGGCGCUGUUUCUCAAUGGAGAUGCUUUCAUAUCAGCCAUAGUGCAAGACAGGUCGCUGAGGUCCAUAUGGGCCAUUGUUGUGGUCAUGGCUGGAGUCGUCCUGUUUGACUUCGCUGCGGACUUCAUCGAUGGGCCUAUCAAGGCAUAUUUAUUUGACGUUUGCUCUUAUCAGGACAAAGAGAGAGGCCUUCACUACCAUGCCCUCCUCACAGGCCUUGGUGGUGCUUGUGGAUACCUAAUUGGAGCCAUGGAUUGGGGUCAUUCUUCCCUGGGCACUCUGCUGGGUUCGGAGUACCAGGUCAUCUUCUUCUUCUCGGCCCUGACCUGGGGCUUCUUCCUGAUUGUGCACCUGUGCAGCAUCCCCGAGAGUCCCUUGAGCAGAGAGGGCCGCUCGGACUCCUCGGCCGGCAGCACCCUCCUCCUGCCGGGGAACAACAACGCGGGCUACGGGGCGCUCCCCAAAGAGCCCUGCCCCGUAACAGUGCCCGCGCCAGAGAUCAGACCCCGCUCUUUCUCAGCCCUGAGUGAGGCCAACGCUGUCACACCUAGCGCCAAGACGCCCAACAAGGGAGUGCAGAAACGGAUGACACUGAAGAGUCUGUUCCUGACCAUGAUAAAUAUGCCCAGCCACUUCCGCUACUUGUGUGUGUGCCAUUUACUUGGGUGGACGGCCUUCCUCUGCAACAUGCUCUUCUUCACGGACUUCAUGGGGCAGAUUGUGUACAAGGGGAAUCCGUACGCUGACCACAACUCCACCGCCUAUGCCGCCUACGAGAGGGGGGUGGAGAUCGGAUGCUGGGGCCUGUGCAUCAAUGCCGUGUCAUCAGCUCUCUACUCCUAUGCACAGAGGCUGCUGCUGCCCUACAUCGGCCUGAAGGGACUCUACUUCCUGGGCUACUUCAUGUUCGGUCUGGGCACCAGUCUCAUCGGUCUGUUCCCAAACGUCAUCGCUACCCUGACACUCUGCAGUGUGUUUGGAGUGAUGUCCAGCACCCUGUACACCAUACCCUUCAACCUCAUCUCGGAAUACCAAAGGGAGGAAGAGCAACAGAGGAAAUUGGGAGGUGAGGAUCCCUCUCGGCCCAGUCGCGGCACAGGUGUGGACUGCGCGGCUCUCACGUGUAUGGUGCAGCUUGCUCAGAUCCUCGUCGGGGCUGGACUCGGCGCUCUGGUCAACCUGGCUGGCAGCGUCAUUGUGGUGGUCCUCUCGGCAUCAACAGUGUCACUAAUGGGCUGUAUCUUCAUCGCACUCUUCAUCAGAAAUGUGGAAUAAACUUUGUAAAAGUCAUUUUAUAUGUGUAAAAUUAUGUAAUAAAAGUAGUAACUACCUUUCCUUAGUUUGUUGUCAUAGUGACUAUGCGCU